CUGGACAUCUUUCUCUCAAGCUCUCCAUUUUCAGGAAAUGGGCGGUCUCUAGUUCAGAUAAGUUUCGUUUUCCUUCGUUUGACUUCUUUCUCAAUUUUUUUUUUCCUCCUGCUCACAUAUACCCAGGCUUUAGGCACACCCACAGUAACACGGACCUGAAAGCUCAGUUUGGUGAGGAAGAGGGAGAAAGCUGUGCCUUUUGGUAAAAUCCCAGUGCUGGAGUUAUUCAGGAACAUGGCCAGAAAAGAACUUCGAAACAGGAGGAAGAACACAGCGGAGAUGCCAGAUCUUGGUGGACCCUUACAUCUGGGUUCCCUGUAUGACUGUACUUCGGAUACCCUCAUCCCUGAACCAAACAUCAGUGGAAGAGACUCAAGGAAGCUAGAAUUCCAAAUUGUCCUUGUGGGGAAAACAGGAUCUGGGAAAAGUGCAACAGGAAACACCCUUCUGGGCAGUAAAGAGUUUGAGUCCAAGUGUUCAGGAGGGUCAAUCACCAAGGUCUGCAAGAAAGCCAGAACCACAUGCAAUGGGAGGGACAUUUGUGUUAUUGAUACUCCAGGCAUUUUUGACACUGAUACCAAGGAGGAAAAAAACCUGAAAGAAAUUGCUCGUUUCAUGACACUAUCCUCUCCAGGACCACAUGCUCUACUCCUGGUGUUGCAAGUGGGCCGUUUCACCCAGGAGGAGAAGGCAGCCAUUGAACGCCUUUACAAAAUUCUAGGACCUGAAGCAGUGAAGUUUUUGAUCAUUGUAUUCACUGGAAAAGACAAACUAGGAGAAGAAAGCCUAGAGGAUUACUUAGGAACCAUUAAUGACUCUUAUUUCAGGGAGUUAUUGGAGAAGUGUGCCCAUCGAUGCUGUGCAUUUGACAAUAAUGCUAGUGGAGCCCAGAGAGAUGCCCAGAUUUCAGAGCUGAUGGCCAUGGUUGAAAACAUGGUGCAAGAUAAUGGGGGCAGCCACUACAGCAACAGUAUAUAUGAAUCUGUGGAAGCACUCCUGCAGAAAGAGACAGAAGCUCUUCAGCAACGCUACAAGGAGCAGUUUGAGAGGGAAAGAGAAGAAAUGAGAUGGAAUUAUGAAAAUCAAAUACGAGAGUUGAAGAAGCAAAAGCAAAAAUGGGAAAUAGAAAAGAAAAUGGAAGAAUUUGAAAAGAAAAUGCAAAAUCUUGAGGAUGAGAUAAAUCAAGAGUUUGAAGGGUUAAACUGGAGGUACCAGAAAAAUUAUCACUUUGCCCGAAAUGAGACUGAGAAUGAUAACAGUAUAUAUUUGGAAAUUUUCAAGAUUAUUUUGUCCUUUGUGUUUAAUUUGCUCUAAUUUUUCAUUGGAAAGUCUUUUGACGGUCAGAAUAAUUUCAUGUCUAGUUUCUACUAUAUGUGCUGUCAGUUCAAAGUGAAGUUAGGUAAUGGAGAUCCUGUGGUUAAUAAAUGAUUUAGACAACAGUUGAA